GGUAAGUAAUGAUGACGAUGAAUUUACUCGCGAAACAUGGAUUGUGGCGACAUGAGUAGUUUAAUUUCGUGUUUUCCCCCCCGUAUGUCUAAUGAUUAUUUAUGUUUAUGAGCACGAUGAGUUUCAGGAAUCGCGCUGUUGUGAUCGCGGUGUUCUUCAUUAUAUUGACGGUUGAUCUCGGGCGGUUUGCGGCAGCAGAUGACGAGACAAACAGUAAAAACGAUAAAGAAUCUGCCAGUUAUAAAGAUGUCAGUGAUGUACAGCAUGAGAAUACAGCUGAUGGGCACAGAGAUCACCCGAGCAGGUUAAAUGACACCGAGAGCUCCAUCAAUGAGACGCUUCAGUCCACCACCCCUGUGGCCAAGGCCAUGCCCCCCGAGCCGCCCAGGAACGAGCCCAUCCUGCCGGAGCAGACGGGCGUCAAGGCCCAGGAGGAGGAGCAGUCCAGCGGGAUGAGCAUCUUCUUCAGCCUGCUGGUCAUCGGUAUCUGUAUUAUAUUGGUGCACCUGCUGAUCAAAUUCAAGCUGCACUUUUUGCCUGAGAGUGUGGCUGUGGUUUCUCUGGGGAUCCUGAUGGGAGCAGUUAUCAAGAUCAUCGAAUCGCAGCAGUUGGCCAACUGGAAGGAAGAAGAGAUGUUUCGUCCAAAUAUGUUUUUCCUGUUACUUCUACCACCAAUCAUUUUUGAGUCUGGAUACUCAUUACACAAGGGGAAUUUCUUCCAAAACAUCGGCUCGAUCACGUUAUUCGCCGUCUUUGGAACGGCGAUCUCCGCCUUCAUCGUGGGAGGGGGGAUCUAUUUCCUGGGACAGGCCGAUGUUAUUUACAAGAUGUCGAUGACAGACAGUUUUGCGUUUGGGUCUCUGAUCUCGGCCGUGGAUCCGGUCGCCACUAUCGCCAUAUUUAACGCUCUGAACGUGGAUCCUGUGCUCAAUAUGCUGGUGUUCGGAGAGAGCAUCCUAAACGACGCUGUGUCCAUCGUACUAACAAACACGGCCGAGGGCUUCGUGGGCUCAGAUGUCUCUACAGGCUGGGAAACCUUCGUGCAGGCGCUCGGUUACUUCCUGAAGAUGUUCUUUGGGUCGGCUGCUUUGGGCACACUCACUGGUCUCAUCUCUGCCAUCGCCCUGAAGCACUUCGACAUGAGGAAGACCCCGUCUCUGGAGUUUGGGAUGAUGAUUAUAUUUGCAUACCUCCCGUAUGGUCUGGCCGAGGGCAUCAAACUCUCCGGGAUCAUGGCCAUUCUGUUCUCCGGUAUCGUCAUGUCUCAUUACACUCAUCAUAACCUAUCACCGGUCACUCAGAUCCUGAUGCAGCAGACGCUCCGGACCGUGGCCUUCAUGUGCGAGACCUGUGUGUUUGCCUUCCUGGGGCUGUCCAUCUUCAGCUUCCCUCAUAAGUUCGAGCUGUCGUUUGUCAUCUGGUGUAUAGUUCUGGUUCUCGUCGGCCGGGCGGUGAAUAUCUUCCCCCUCUCCUUUCUGCUCAACUUCUGCAGAGAUCAUAAAAUCACCCCAAAAAUGAUGUUCAUCAUGUGGUUCAGUGGUCUGCGGGGGGCGAUCCCGUACGCCCUCAGUCUUCACCUGGGACUGGAGCCCAUAGAGAAGCGGCAGCUGAUCGGCACCACCACCAUCGUCAUCGUGCUCUUCACCAUCCUGCUGCUGGGGGGCGGGACCAUGCCCCUCAUCCGCAUCAUGGACAUCGAGGAGAGCCAAUCACGGCGCAAGAACAAAAAAGACAUCAACCUGAGCAAAACUGAGAAGAUGGGUAAUGCCAUUGAAUCUGAGCAUCUGUCGGAGUUGACAGAGGAGGAGUAUGAAGCUCACAUCUUUCAGAGGCAGGAUCUGAAGGGUUUCCUGUGGCUCGAUGCCAAGUAUCUGAACCCUUUCUUCACCCGUAGACUCACACAAGAGGACCUGCUGCAUGGGCGGAUCCAGAUGAAGACGCUCACUAAUAAGUGGUAUGAGGAGGUGCGUCAGGGUCCGUCCGGCUCUGAGGAUGAGGACGAUGAGGCAGAACUGCUCUGAUGAGGAGAGAUGUGGAUGAAGAAUACAGUCUGAACCACACUGGGAUGGAUGCGGGUUCACAGAUGAGGAGAAGAUGUGGUACCAAAAGCCUGAGAUUGUUACAGAUAACAAAAGAAGAAAGAUGGAAGACUAAAGAGAAUUUGAGACAGAAAGCAAAACGAAUAAACUGCAAUACUGGACACAUUUCUGUCAUUUGUUUUAAUAGACUGAGCACCGUAAUGUAACACGAGAUUCUUGCACUACUUUUUUGUUGGUGGUUUAGUUUCACAGACGAUGAAUGUUUGUGUUCUGUAAUUCAUUUAACAAACAUAACCUAUUUAACUUUCUAUGAAAUAUGUAUUUGUGUUGUCUUGGGGGUAAAUGGGGGGUAAAAGAGUAUUUUAUAAUGUUUCUGGACACUAUUUUGUAGCAGACUUGAUUUAUAAUUAAUUCUAAUGAAGUUGUGAAUGAAGGACUUGUAUCUGUGCAUCAUUUAUAUGUUGAAGCACGAAGCUGCAGUGGGAAAGAGGUGUAAAAAAAGAUGAAUAAAUGAUGGAUUCCAGGAA